CAUCUUUUCACCACAGCUACUCUCUGAUGUCUCUGAAGCGGGAAGGGAUUUGAGAUGAAGAACGUGAAGGAGGAGGAGAGUGGUUUCACGCGCCUUGCCUCAUUCGUCUGCGAUUGUGAACCUUUCACGGAGGAAGAGCUUGAAGGCAUCGAAGCUUCUCUUUCCAACCCUAACAACAAACGUCGGUUCGACGAUCUCACUCCUCGCCGCCGUCGCUUGCCCGAAUCGCUUAUCGCUCUUCAACACCCAAAUAUUUCUUCUUUAUCCCGUCGUCCAGGCUAUUCAAGAAUGAGAUUACCAGCAAUUAAGUUUAGUGGUCGAAUUAUGUAUAGCAGGACUUUUGAUUCUGUACAGAAAGCUGUAGCAAAACUCUUACAAGCCCUGGACGUAAAAAAUAGAGAGAUUGUGCAAUUUGCAAUUGGAUUUGAUAUUGAGUGGAAACCUUCCUUCACUAAAGGCGUUCCACCCGGAAAGGUAGCAGUCAUGCAGAUAUGUACUGACAGUAGUCAUUGUCAUGUUCUACAUCUAAUUCAUUCUGGAAUCCCUCCAAAUUUACAGCUUUUGCUUGAAGAUCCCACAGUUCUGAAGGUUGGAGUUGGGAUUGGUAGUGAUGCCACGAAGGUUUUUAGAGAUUAUAAAAUAUCUGUCAAAGGUGUGACGGAUCUUUCUUUCCAUGCCAAUCAGAAGCUUGGUGGUGAUCACAAGUGGGGUCUUUCAUCUUUGACCGAAAAACUUUUAUCGAAACAGCUGAAAAAGCCCAAUAAAAUAAGACUGGGAAAUUGGGAGACUCCUGUUUUGUCAAAGGAGCAACUAGAGUACGCUGCAACCGAUGCUUUUGCUUCUUGGUAUCUUUAUCACGUACAUGCUAUUCUGGAAUAAACUUUUACAGAAUUUCUUAUUUGAGAAAAAAGUAAAACAAGUUAAAUUUCUCUCGUAAUAUGGUGGGGAAAUGAGGAGUGGCUCUAUUUAAGGGGAUAUGGGAGAAGUGAGGGCACAGUGUACACUGCACUUUCUUGCUUUGCUGCUUCUUUG